UAAGAAAGCCUGUGUGUGUGUGUGUGUGUGUUUGCGAGGCGGGGAGUUGCGUGCGAAGAGCUCGACAUGUCAUUCAGAGGAAUCUGCCACCUGAAACGCGAGGAAGUGAAGGCGACUCCAUUGUGGUUAUAAAGCAUCAGGCAACAUCUGCAUGGACGCAGUGCAAAGCCCAUGAAGCUCUCUCAAAACACCUCCACCAUCCAUUUGAAUUUCCUGUGGAUUUAUCACUUUGGAGGAGUGGGUGCACACCCGGCAAGACUCAUCUCUUUUUUUUUUUUCUUUCACUUCAUGUGACCACACUGCAACAUUAUACUGGACUUAACUGGCAUCCACGCAGUAACCGGCGCACCUGUUACCUGCACGGAGCGCAAGACCAUGAUCCCCCCUGGAGACUGCAUGUACGCGGGCAGAAAGCGGAGGAAGCCCAUCCAAAAGCAGAAGCCGUCCUCUGCUAAUGAGAAAACAAACCCGUCCAAGCGGCACCGGGACAGGCUGAACGCAGAGCUGGACCGACUGGCCAGCCUGUUGCCGUUCCCCCCGGAUGUCAUCUCCAAACUGGACAAAUUGUCCGUGCUGCGUCUCGCUGUCUCCUACCUCCGCGUCAAGAGUUUCUUCCAAGUGAACCAAGAGAAGACGCCAAGGAAGCACAUCAUCAAUGCUACAUCCUCCAACCCUGAACCCAGGAAAGAGAGCAUUCCCAUGGGCACGGCCGUCAACGAAAGUGGCCUCCUCUUGGAGUCUCUGACAGGAUUCGCCUUGGUGGUGAGCAGUGAUGGGAUGGUGUUUUAUGCCUCGUCAACCAUUGUGGACUAUCUGGGAUUCCAUCAGACGGAUGUGAUGCACCAGAACGUGUUUGACUACAUCCACAUAGACGACCGCCAGGAGUUCAGAAGCCAACUGCACUGGGCCAUGUGUCCCCAACAGCACCAGGGGGCAUCAGCGCAUCAGGACACCCAGCUCACUGCAGGCACUGGUGACGACUUUGCGGUGAGCAGCCUGUUCCACUCUCCAGAAGUGGGGGGUAUUCCUGCCGAGCUCUCCUGCUUUCUAAACAGAUGCUUCAUAGCCAGGGUUCGCUGUCUCUUGGACAGCACAUCUGGAUUCUUGACAAUGCAGUUUCAGGGUCGGCUGAAGUUCCUUCACGGACAGAAGAAGAAGUCAGCCUCCGGAGCUCCGCUUCCUCCGCAGCUGGCUCUCUUCUGCAUAGCUGUACCCCUUCUACUGCCCUCCAUUACCGAGAUGAAAAUGAAGAACAUGCUAAUGCGGGGAAAGAACAAAAGCGGAGGAGGCAUUAUCUCUACACUGGAGCAUGGAGAACGAGGCGAACACCUCCGCAGGCAUUCCUUUAGCGGGGGAAUGGGCGAUGUAGCUGACCCUCUCCUCCUCUCCUGUCCAACCCCCGGGGGCACCCAUAGGGGCCACCACACUCCCUGGACCCCACUCACCAAAGACAACCUCAAGUUCCGCACUGAUGGCUACUACAACCAAGAGGAGCCUCUCAACUUCUGCAAGUCGUCCAUGUCUUCCCAUAAGGGCCUCAGUCCAGGAUUGGGGAGCGGUUGGCCUCUGCGGCCAACCUCCGGGGCCCUGAGAGGGGGCCAGGGUGUCGGCUACGUGCCUACUAAUCGCUUAAACAAGGCCGGCCAAUAUGGGAAGCCGUACCGUCUUUCUCCCAGCUGCCACAGCAGCAGAAACGGUGAGGUGUUUGUGUCCAAGCUCUACGGGAAUCUCCAGAUUCCAGCGGACCCAGACCCCUACUGCGUGGAUUUAGUGAAAAGCGAGAACGGUUACGGCGAAUGCUACGACGGCCACCUGAUGUCCGAGAUGCCACCCAUUAAAGUAGAGCACGACUCAGACUCCGAGAACGGCUGCGAUCCUUACGGGCGCCCCUGGGGAAACCGGGAUCCGGAUGUUAUGGACCGUCGCUACGGUAACGGGAUAUACGACCAGAGCUCCGGCCUCCAACUGAAAUCCGAGGCAGAUUAUUACGAUUUGCAGUACUCGCCCUGCCAGCGUGGCAAGGCGAGCAUCAGCCCACCGUACAACAGCGGGAACUUUCAGAACUAUGCAGUAAACAACAGCGGACGUUUGCUGAAAUGCGACAAAGACUUGGGCAACAACGACAACGGCCAAUUUAGCCCUCAGAGACUCUCUCACACCCAAUGCAGUAAUCAAACAGUCAACCUCAUCGACUCGCACGUCUACCAACAGGAGCCUCAAAAGGCCUACUUGCACCAGGACUUCAACAAGCAUUAUGACUUCAAAGGUCACGGGCUCAUCCAUUCCAUCAAGCGAGAGCCCAUGGACUCCCCGCCGUGGUCCGAGGGCGGCCACGACAUGAGUAAAGCCAUGACGGCCGGUCCGAGGAACGUUAUGCCGUGUGCGAGCACGGGGCCCCACAAAUCAAGUCCUUUCAUUUAUAUGCCCUAAAAAUGUGUUGUGCCCCCCCUCGCCCCCGUCCCCGUCAUUAACCACACAAAAACACACAAUGUAGAAUAGUACUAUCGUUUUCCCCUGCACAUUUACCAGCAUGGAAAUGCAGGAAGUCAACAUUCUUCACUUUGACGAAGAUGUGACAAAACAUGCUCAGGUUCUCGUGUUAGUGUUUUGACAAUCAAAAACUCAUAUUUUGGAUUGGUGAAUUUUGUCUUUUCUGGUUGGUUCCAAGCACUUUUGGAUUAGUGGAAUCAUGUGUAGACGCAACCGCUUAUUUCAUGUGUUGUGUAUUCAUGUGUUUGGACAUUUUUUGCUCUCACGUCGUAACACCAAUGUCAAAUUUCUACGCAGGAGACGACUCACCUCUGACACGGGGGUUUUCUUCAAGGGAGGUUAAGUUAGAACAUGUUUGAAGAUCUAUCGGACAUCGGUGGGGGUUUUACAUGUUUCAGCACUUAUCGCCCACACUGAAAAAUGAAAACACAACGCAUCAACACCUGCUGGAUAUCAGGUAGAAUAACAUACAGUGGAUCCUCUAAGGUUCAACACCAUCACUAUUACUACAAACGCUAAUUCUCAUUGGAAAUACAGCGCUAGCUAGUGACAGCAGUGAGGGCAAAUGUAAUCGUAAUGUAAAUGUAAAGUCAACAUCCCUCGAAUUGCUCGACUCAAAUCGACAGAAGCAGCUGUUAACAUAACCGAAAACAGCUUUGAUCAUGACGAGCAGGGGUGUCCAAACUUUUUCCAUCAUGGAAAAACCGCAUACUGAAAAAAAUAAAUAAAACAUUUUCACACAUGCAGAUGUGUGCAUGGGCAACUAUACAAAAAUACCCUUUAGAAAUGUAGUAUUCCACAGUGGUCAUUAAGUGUCACUAGUGUUACUGUAAUGUACGGUGAGACACACAAGCACCAGACUGAAGAGUUGGAACAACAGAAAACAGAAACGAUAAUAAUUUAGUCAUUCAUUCAUGGGUGGAAUUGAACUUGGGUCUCCUAGCUGUGAGGCCUGCGCGCUAACCACUCGGACCCCGUGCAGCCGGAAUGAGCCUAUAUUAUGUCUUAUUUUCUCUUAUUAAGACCAUUACAUUUGGCUAAUAUGAAUGUAAAGGUGACUAUAGGGGUGUUAUUUCAUGUAAAGAGGGCACUAAUAAUGUUAAGAACAAUUUUUAGAUGGUUUUCUAGGCUCUAAAUUCAUUAAUUUUCUACCGCUUAUCCUCACGACGGUCUCGGGGGUGCUGGAGCCUAUCCCAGCUGUCUUCGGGCGAGAGGCGGGGUACACCCUGGACUGGUCACCAGCCAAUCACAGAGCACAUAUAGACAAACAACCAUUCACACUCACAUUCAUACCUAUGGACAAUUUGGAGUCGCCAAUUAACCUAGCAUGUUUUUGGAAUGUGGGAGGAAACCGGAGUACCCGGAGAAAACCAACGGGGAGAACAUGCAAACUCCACACAGAGAGAUGGCCGAUAGUGGAAUUGAACUCGGGUCACCUAGCUGUGAGGUCUGCAUGCUAACCACUAGACCACCGUGCAGCCUGAUAAUAAUUUUAAAAAAAAUCCUAAUAAAAACACGGGCAACUUUAGCGGCCAAAGCUGAAAUUGAACUCUAAACCCCUGAAGUAACUUCUUGGAGUAACCUUUUGCAGGUUCCCUAGGAAACAUUUAUCGUAACACAUAAUCAUUUAAAUGGCUUAUUUACUCCGAUUUGUUCGACUACAUUGGGUAUUAGGAGUGUACAGGUGACUACAGGGGUGCUGUUACAUAUCUUGAGGGCUUUAAAUAAUGACAUAAAAUGGAAUUACAAGGCCGUAAAAAAAAAAAAAAGAAGGCCGUAAAACAGGUUUUACGAAUAUAUUCAAUUUAUAAAUAAGGAAUCCUACCCAAUCUUACAGUUGAGUGUGGAGCCAAUUAACCGUGAUAAACGAGGGAUUAGUUAAAUUAUAUUUCCAUUCUUCCUAUGGAAAAAAAUAAGUCAGAUCUCAAGCAGCAUUACGCCUUUAGAGGUUCCACUGAACAAAAGCAAAAGUCAUACCAGCAUUUUUCAUUAUGCGUCCCUCAUUGGACAACAUUUGGAUACCCCUGAUAAUGAAAACACUGCACAGAGUUCCAUGAGCACAUUAUAAGUCGAAGGUUUUUUGUUUUGUUUUUUUAGUUUAAUCUGAAGGAGAAGACGUUUUUGACGUUUUUAGUCUUCGGUCAAAGCGCACAAUAAGAUCUUCAACGUUGUCUUUUAAUGUGACAGCUUAUGUUGUACAGUUUGUAUUAGUGUUCAUUAUAAGAUCAGCAAAACUGUCUCGCUGCAAAAAAAAAAAAAAAGAAGAAAAAAAAAAGACACUUUUGGUUUUGUUAACAAUGUUGUUCGGUCAACCUAACGUCAGACGUGGUCUUCACAAUCAGUGUUUUUUUGCACAUGGCAAGGAAAAGCACCAAAUGAAUUCAAUGUCGGAGCCUCAGUUCUGUAACGCUACAGAAUUGCACUACUGAGAGUCGUUCAGUUGAAGUUCAGUUGUUUUACUUUAGUCGACACGCACAAGCGUACGUUGUGUCACUGUUAUGAAUUCGUCCUUUGCUUUACGUGUGUUCUCAUUUCAAUACACGUUUUGAUGACUCGUAUUUAUUGUAAGGCAAAAAUGUAUAAUUUAAAACCUGCAGUUUGAAGGCUUUUCUCUUUGUCUGAGGUAAAAAAAAAAAAUCUGUGUGGCUUUUUCUUGCUACCGUUUUGUAAAACAAAAAGGAAACUGUCCAACUUGUGUCAUUGAGGAGGUAGUGAACACAGUGUACAUAUGCAGUGUCUUCCAAUGUUUCUACGUGUUUUUGCAAAUGAGACUUCUAUCUAUUAAA